AUGUUCACCAUACUCCUCAGUGGCUGUUUCUCUUUGGUCAUUGGCUUCUCUUUGUAUGUGGCCUAUCUAUUCGCCAACUUGUACUAUUUUGGAAGACAUCCACGUAAUAUCUUUACUGAUCCAAUCUACAACUUGUCUUCCAUGACAAGAAGCUGCAGCGAGGAAGAGAAAAACUCUUCCAAAGAUCAUGCCAAGAAGAAAAAGUCCAAGUUCAACAAGAAUCCAUUCAAGAAGGAAAAUCUGGCACAAGACUAUGAUAUCAUUAUUAUUGGCAGUGGUAUCUCUGGUCUCAGUUGUGGUUCUGUGUUGAGUAAAGCUGGAAAGAAAGUCUUGAUUUUGGAGCAACACAAAAUUGCAGGAGGUUGUCUCCAUACGUUCAACUUGACAGGAGAAAAUGGCGAAAAGUUUCAAUUCUGUGCAGGCCUACAUUAUAUGGGCAAGUUGCAAGGAGCAGAAGGAGCGUUAUUAGAUGCAUUGUGUGAAAAGCAUAUUGAAAUGAAAUCUUUGGAUUCGAAUUUUGACAGAGUCCAUGUGAUGAAUACUGCUACUAAUGAAACCUUGCUCGACUUGGAAAUUCCAGCAGGUGUUGAUAGUUAUGAAAAGAAAUUGAAAGAGGCAUUUCCGGAUGAAAUCGAUGCCAUUGACAAGUAUGUGAAAAUACUCAAAGAUCACUACGAGAUUGUUCCAGUGUUUAUAUUGAAAUCUCUUCCUUACUUCUUCUCGUUCUUGAAAUAUUUGAUUGCACCAACCUUUAUGAAAUAUGUCCAUUUAAGUGUAGCCCAACUUGCAAAAUCUCUCACUUCCAAUAAGGUCCUCCAGGCAGUUUGGUGUUAUAUUUGUGUGGAUUAUGCUUCAAGCCCAAAACGCACUCCAGUUUACGAACAUUUGGCAGUGAAAAAUCUGUUUGUCAAUGGCGCUCAAAUACCUCUCCAUGGUGCCAACGACAUUGUAGAGAGUUUAAUUCAAGUCAUUAGAAAAGGAAGUGGAGAUAUAUUCACCAACGCAAAAGUGCACUCACUCUAUGUGAAAGACGGACGUGUUCAAGGUGUUGAAAUGGUCAAGGACCACCUCGUGAUCAAAGCACCAAUAGUGAUAUCAACGGUUGGUGCUUUUAAUACAUUCCAAAAGCUGUUGCCAGUAAGCGCAAGAGAAUCCUUUGGUUAUUCCAACAUUCAUUACACUCCUGCAUUUUCAAGCCAAGUGGUGUUUUUAGGAUUCAACAAGAGUAUCGAAGAGUUGGGAAUCAAACACCAAAAUACAUUCAUUGUGACCAAUCCAGACAUUGAUGCUCAACACGAUCGUUUCAUGAACAGUAAUGGUAUCUUAGAUCCCAUGAAUGGAAUUGAUCACCCAGUGGUUAUUGCAAAUUUUAGAUCUGUUGGAAACAAAGUUUCUGCUAUUCUUCUCACCUUUUCCAAAUACGAAUGGUUUUCUGAUUGGGAACAUCAGAGGGUAACGAAUCGAAGUGUGGAUUACGAGGAUUUGAAACAAGGUCUCUCCAACAGAGCCGUAGAAUUAUUCUACGAGAAAUUUCCACAACUGAGAGACAGUCAAUGUGUUCUCAAUUCAUGCUCUCCUGUCACGUUCAAUCACUAUUUAGGAUGUAAUUUUGGUGAAUGGAGUGGAUGGAAGCGAAUUGUGGGCGAUGAUUCCAUGAUUUUCAAGUGGGGACGACCGAAAUCAAACAUUGAAGGAUUGUAUUUAGCAGGGCAGGAUGUGUUUGCAGGAGGUGUUCAAGGUUCCAUCUUGACGUGUUUAACCACUUGUGGUUCUAUUUUGCAUCGAAAUUUGUAUGGUGAUUUGCAAGAAUUCUACGAGAAAACCUUAAAGAAUAACAAGCCUUAA